ACCGCCACUACCUUCUACAGGUUACAGCCGCCUUGCGCUGUUGCCCCGCCGCCUUUCGAUCGCCUUCUCAUUCGCAUCCCAUCCCUUCCUCUCCAAGCCUCGCGCUCCGAUGGCGAGUUUUCCACCCGCCGACGGCGGAGCAGACCCGCCCACCGACGACGAUCCUGUAGGUUCUCCACUUACGCCGCCAUCCCGACCGCUUCCUUCACGCGGCGCCGCCUUGCCACGAGUGACUCGCAAACCACGUGCUUUCGCCCCCGCGGCCCACCAAAACCCUAGCUCCCGGGCCCGAUCCUCUCCAAUCUCCCCAGCUUCAUGCCUUGGACGGUCUCAAUCCUUCUCGAUUUGCCUGGACGACGGCGACCUCACCUCGUUGUUUGUGCCGCUCCCCAGAGCUUUGACUGCUAUCAUGCGAUCGGCAAGUCAGGGGAUGGUCUACUGUAUCUGUUUCCAUGGAGAAAUUCCUGAGUUCAAGAGCAGCACAUCAUGGCGUGCUGUUAUGCAGAACCUUCUAAAGACUUUCAUAUCUGCCAUCUUGUUUGAGGCAACUGGGUCAAGCUCACUUCAUCUGUCAAGAUCUUUCAGCCAUGAACCUUUCUUCAGUGUCACAGUUGCCAGUAGAGGGUAUGUUUGUGUACAGCAGUUUCAGGGGCUGAAAACCUUGGUGGCUGUCACUUCUGAGAUCAAAAGCAGGAUGUCUUGGAGUCAUGCUUUAUGGGAACUUGUGCAGCCGCUUAUCUACAGUGAUGCAGCUUUGGGUACAGGCUACGUUGGGGUGUCGAGGGAGCAUCUGAUAUAUGUUGAUGGCAGAUAUUGCUUCGUUUGGAUGAUACCAACUGGUGAGACUAUGGUGAUAUUUUCUGUACACUGGUUGUUUAUUCCAUUCCCUCCAAUUAACUCAAGUAUCGUCCAUGCCAGUUUAACUGCUUUAGUUGGGAUGUUGACAUUUUAUGGCAAUGGUCUGUGGUGUGCUCACACUUGGAUAGGAGAGCCGCCUGACUGGGCAGGACUUCCUGAGGGCCUCCUGCAGUGCAUAUUUCCCCUCAUAUUUUGCUUUAGGAGCUUAACCGCUGCAUCUCACUGCUGCCGCUCCUGGCGCAGUGUUGUCUCCACUCUUCCCCGCCCUUUUUUGCUCCACCCUAAUCUUGCACCAAGAACAAAGAAGAUAUGGCACAUUGUUGCCCCCACCAGAGUUGUCCGCAAAGGUGAACUGCAGGAGUACCGCAUUGUCACCACACCUGUGCUUCAUACACAGUACAAGUUGAUUGGGGGCUCAGAUGGUCAAUUGAUCUUUUUCAACAACUCUGAGUGUUACAUUCAAAACAUACACACUGGCUCAACUAUAACAUUAUCAGUUCCAACGUGCUGCACUGAUAUUUAUUAUGGUGUGAUGUCUGCACAAGCUGAGUCUGCUGAACAAUACAUCAUUCUUGUUGGUGACUCUGUGCUUUUGAGGAAGAAUGGUGCUGAAGGAUGGGUUAUGAGAUCCCUUAGACGUAGCAAUAUUGGAAGAAUUGUUGAUAUCGUUGUUACUGAAUGUAGUGCGUUUAUGAUGGAUGCUGGAAAGAUGUUAUACACUCUGAGUGCCAACUUAGAUGUGGAUCUUGUACCUGUUUCAGGCCCACCAAGAGUACCCAACCACAGGGCGCGAUUUGGAGUACCAUUUGGAAACUUUCUCAGAAAGCAAAAAGCUGUUAUUGAAAGGAAUUGGCUGUUGGAAUCACAUGGGAGGAUAAUAUGCAUUCGUUAUGUUCAGACGAAAGACUGGAUGGCUGGAUUUUUUGCCUUUUGUCUUGAUGAUGAUCCCGCUAUGGAUGAUUUCUAUGAGAGUAAUGUUGCCCAUCGAUUGGGCCUUUCUAGAAAGCAAGGUUGCAAUACCUGGAAAGAAAUAGACGGUCUUGGUGACUGUUGUGUAUUCCUCAACAUGGUAUCUGGUGUUGCAUCAUUUAUCUCUGACACUCCACCUAGAUGGGGCCUUACUGCUGGAAAAAUAUACAUGGGGGAUCGGGAUACGUUACCUUGGAAGUCUUUUAGUUAUGGAUGGGUCCAAUACACCACUGAUGACACAAUGCCUUUGAAUGCUGAAUGGCCCUCCCCACUUUUUUUGAAUUCAGGAUACUCACUACCAAGAGAUGAGGCUGGUGCUACGAAUGUUGCUGAUUUGUGGAGUGAAGAGAAGGAAGACAAUUCUGGAACUGGAUUGCGGGAUGGGUCGUCUGGUAGCAGUAGCGCUGGCAGUCGCUAUUGUUAAUGACAGCAGGCUGAGACUCAAGAGGGUUGCCAAUAAUUUUUUAUCAUGUAAUUGGUAAAAGAAUGUGGCUGAAAAUGAAAUGCAAUUUUCCUAUAACACUUUCUUACAUCCUGGUGCCUUUUUGCAUUAUAUCCCAUGGAUGUUCUUGCUAAACAGGCUAAACUCUUUUAGGGUGUGUGCCAUUGUGUCGGAAACCAGUACAUUCUAAAUAUUCCGCUUUCUGGGUUGUAAAAUGCAGGUUUUGUUUUUUAUUUCUUUUUUAGCAAGGACAGUUGCAUAUUUUCUUCCCUCGUCCGCUCAAAAAUUUGAAGCUGUGCAUCUACGGCAAAGUUGGAAAUGGCAA